GAGCGUGUUGCAGACACUGUGGGAAAAUGAGAGUGGACGGGCGGUCCUCGGAACACACGGUGGCACCGUGGCACUUGGCCCAUGGGCAACAGGCACGACGUUCCGAGGCAGAAAAUGUUUCCCCUGAGAAGCUCCGGCAUCAAGACCACAAGGCUUCAUCCGGCAAGUAGUGAUCAGUCUUUCGCACCACCACUAACAGAUUCUGGCCCUAUGUCCAGAUACCGACCAUCUAUCCGCCCUCAUCAUCGCUCGCAAUAAUCGCCGGAACACCGUUGUGCCAGCAGCUCGGAACACACAUGCGGAAGACAACGCGAGCGUGCGGCGCAGCGCCGCCUCCGCCUGGC